GUCAUCUUGGGUAGAUUACCGUGCGCGUUUGCAAAAGAGCGAAGACUGCCCCAUUACCUCGUCGGAAUCGGGAUUCAUAAGUUUUAAUAUGGCAUUCGUACAUUUAGUGUCAAUUUUGAUUAUCAUUCAGAUAGUUUCUAUACGGUGUCAAGACGUGUUCGCGAACCUUCAGAUACAAGAGAGUUUGGCAUCGUGUUUCGGUUUAGAAAACGACCAUACUCGAUGGAUGCGGGCUACCUGUUCAUCCCAAGACCUCGUCAUUCUUAUAGAAUCCUUCACCGUCGUUUUCCACCCCGUUGUCAUGAACUGUACAAACAACACCGUCAUUUAUGAAGAAUAUAGGGAUGCCUGUUGUUUGAAAGGAAGCGUGAACAAUACAAGGGACUGUACAGUUACACACCAGUUCGACACGAAAUAUUCCGUCGCCAAUUAUCAGACGUGUAAUGGGCAUUCUUCGUGUAAUGUCAUGGUCCCACAGCUGCUGGUACGGAACACUCACUGUCCAUAUGAUAUCUUCGAGCCGAUACCACAUGACAUUGUCUCAAACUUUAUGUACAUGAAUUACUACUGUCUUGAAAAGUCCCUGAUUUUACCGGACAGCACCGGAAGCCUGACGACGCCUUCGCCGGGCAGUGUUAUCUACCUACAGAGUCCUGGUUUUAGUAGUAGAAAUCAGAGAAUUCCGUAUAUGACAGACAGCGAAUGUUCGAUCCAAACAGACAACUGCAGUCCAGGGAUAUAUGUUUACAUCCUGCACCUGGUUUUAGAAGACAGUAACACUGGUGAGUAUGAUACUAUCCCUUGCAACCAGACGUUGAAAAUAGAAACUUCAAGAGGAGAUGUGCUUGAAGAGUGGACGUGUGAUGAAAAUACCAAUCUGCAAAAGGGACCUCUCACACUAAAUGCAAACUACAUUCUUCUAAAACUUGAUAACAAUUAUACAAGUCCGAACGAUUGGGAUCAAAGCCGCGGGGGAGCGUAUUGGUUAGGAUUCAAAUCUUUAGUGACAACAGGAAAUAUCAGAAUCGACUGCCCUGCAAUCGAACCACCUAUCUGUACUGAAACAACGACAACAGUUACCACUUCAUUAGCUGAAAUGUCUUUUACAAUUCCGACGACAUCAACACGGGAAGCCAGUCCGACAACAGGCACAAACACUACGGUUUCUGACACGCCUUCUACAAUAUCAAAGAAGACAACACGAGAAACCAGUCCGAUGGCAACAGACCAUAACACCACAACUCCAAAUACCAAUUCAGACAGCACAACAACCACUCCAAUUGUAGCUGACACUGCUCCUCAGCAAGCGAUUCCAACGGCAGCGGUUAUUGCACUUCCGAGUGGGCUUUCGGUUUUAAUCAUAAUCAUCGUUGUUAUUGUAGCACGCUUCCUUCGAUUACGACGAACUCAAAAUAAAAAUCCGGGACUGGUUCAGCCGUGCGAGUCGGAUGAACGGCCGUACGAGCAAAUAUUGAGUAUAAGCAUAAACUCCUAUACCGUCGCUAGGUUUGCAACCGACGGUAGGCAUGACGCUUCAUCUGAUGCAUCUGAUGACCAAAAUAACCAGUAUCUCAGACCUUUGCCCAUCCCGAAGGACCAGAAAGAGAAUGUAUACGACAACAAUCGAGGAGACAUUGGUAUCAAACACACAUAAUAGCCGAGCCUGACAAACUCAGACCAUGGAAUCGAGGAGACAGUGGUGCCAAAAAGGCUGAGAGAUUUGACCGAUAAAAUAUUAAGAAAUGGAGCGAAUAUAUCUUCACUGUUAACUUAACAUUAAUUUUCGAAACGAAUAUUAGUGGUCCAAAUUCAAGAGUUGUUUUGGCGAAUGGUAAAAUGACUCGGUUUUAAUUUGUUUGAUAAGAUGGUAUAAAUAGUUCAAGUUUCAACAACCUUCUUUGGGGAUUUUAUUUUUAACUUUGAAAAAUACAAACAUUGCGAAAGGAAAACCAACCUUAAAAAGGAUUUAAUAACCAACGUUGCUAUAUAGUGAAACAAUGAUAAUGUGAUAUUUGUUUAUAUUUUGUAAAUAUUUCCAAUUUGUGUAGCGCUUGUUAAUUUGUUUAUAACACCCAUGUUUACUUUACAAACAUGUUGUUUCUGUUUGUACAUAAAUAUGUACGUAAAAUACACAGAUGAAUUAUAUUAAAUAAAGGAGUUCGAACAGACCGUUGUAAAUUCCAUUUGGCAUGUCUUAUCUUUCAAGAAUAACAAUUUUCUUACCCAGGAUCUCUUUCCUUACAAAUACAUACAUCUCCAAACCAACAUGCGUCGUAUUUUUGAGUUUCUUUGUAUUCUGGGUUCAUUCUCUACAAUUUUAAAAUAAAUACGAGUAGUGUAAGUGUAAGAAUAUUUUAUUGUCGUAAAAUAUAGUAAUAAAAAGGAUAAACUCGUGAUUAUUUCAUGGUAAUAUAUGUUCGAUAAUUUCCCAAUUAAAGACAUACAUAAGUACCAAAAAAAGUGGAGAAUCUGGGUUUGAUCGUUUCGUUUGAUUUCCUAGUACAUGUUAGUAUAUGUGUAAAACAACAUGUUUGUAUGCAUAAAGAUCAUUUUGCAUAUACAUGUAUGUAAGUUGUUACCUUCUACAUAGAAUUUUAUAACGUUUCCACAAACUCUUGUUGGUUAGUUUUCACAUUGAUGGUUUAGGACACUGUGAAUAAGUAUUAUUUCACAUUUGGAAGCACAUUUAAUAUGUUUCUAAAGAUUGUAAUAAAAGGAAUGUUUCUUUUGACUGUUUUGUGACUACCUUGCUUUUAGACAAGAUUCUGUGUUGUUGUUUUUUUUUCUUUCUAGAUAUUCGUUGACAUUGUUAAAUUAUUUCAAACGGUUUCGACCGUAUUCUUGUGUACAUGAAAAAUCUUCAUGUUCGCUCUUUACAAUUUAUUAGUUGACUGUAAUCGUUUUUGUGCAGUAGUUUAACAUAGUAAAGAAAAGGUAACCACGUGGUUAUUUUUUGUAUGUUUUUUUAUAUUUACCCAUUUGAAGAACUGAACAGAAAAACUUUAGCAGUAUUGAUACGUGCCAACACAAUCGCCGAGCGUAUUGACGCAUUAAAACACAUGGAGGUAGCCUCUGCCAGGAGUUUGUAAGAAUAUAACAUUCAUUUCAGAGUCAAAUAAUAAAACGUGUAGAAAGUA